AUGUUAGAGAUGUGGGAGCAAGUGAAACUGCUUGGGCACAUGGGGAAAGUAUCUCUUAAAAGAGUAGUAAAUGAGGAGUUACUGGAUAUAGACAGGGAUGCUGAUCUGUUAAGUUUGUGUGAUAAGGCACCACUUUCUUAUAAGAGAGUAGUGCUGAUUUAUGUACAACACAUUGAAGAGAAAGGUGUUGCAGUGAAUGAGGAUUGUGAAGAGGUAGCUAUGGCAUUGAAUAAGGAUAGUGAGAAUAUUGGGCCUGUUAGUGAUGAAAAUAGGGCUUCUACUGAAGGCAGUGGGCCACUGAAUAAUGAAAAAGAGGGCCGGCCUUUUACUGAGCAUCAUGGGUCUGCUUGCAGAGUUGAAGACUGGGUUUCAAGUUAUGAUGAUGGGCCUCUGAACAAUAAGGGUAGUAAGGCUCAUAUAGGUGACACUGAUGUGGAAGACAGUGAAGAAGAAGACAAGGAAGAGGACCCUGAUUUUGUUAAUAGUGCUUAUGAGCAGAGUGAAAAUGAAUGUGAGUUGUUGAGAAAGGACGAUAAAGCAUUUGAAAAUUAUGUAGACCAGCCAGAAGUAGUUGAAGACCCAAAUGCCCCUGUAUAUGAAGAUCGGGAGUCAACUGAUGUAGCUAAAAGUGAUGUUGAGAGCUUGGAUAAUAGCUCAGAUGAUGAGGAUGAUGGGAACCAGAAGAAAAGGAAGAAGAAAGCAAUUAGGAACUAUUCAAUUGUGAACAUGAGGAUGAUUAAAUUCAAAUGCAAUGAUCGUGAUAGGGUGAGGGCAGUGUGUGCAGGAAAUUGUAAAUGGGGUCAUCACCCUGGACAAUUGUUAUCUGAUGUUGGUGUGAAUCCUAACAAUGGCAUGUAUCCUAUUGCGUAUGCAGUGGCUGAGGUGGAGAAUUAUGAAACAUGGUCAUGGUUUUGUCAAAUAUUGGCAGAGGACCUUGGAAUCGAAAACAGUAGCGGAUAUGUCUUUAUCACAGACAAGCAAAAAGGCUUGAUUGAUGCAGUACAUGAUCAUUUUUCAAACGCCGAGCACAGACACUGCCUCAAACACUUAGAAGCAAAUUUUUUGUUUGCUGGUCACAGAGGAUUGGUGUUGAAAUUGCAAAUGGAGAAAAUCGCAAGGAGCACAACCAUCCCAUGGUGGGAUGCUGAGAUGAAAAAUAUGAGACAGCUGAGCCAAGCUGCAUUUGAUUGGGUGGCGGCCUUAGAUCCAUCACAAUUGUGUAGAGCUCACUUUAAAACUCAUUCCAAGUGUGACAUCCUUUUGAAUAAUAUGUGUGAGGCUUUUAACGGUGCCAUUGUAGAAGUACGAGACAAACCUAUUUUAACUAUGCUAGAGAGAAUUAGAUACUAUAUUAUGUUGUUGAUGGCAACUAGAAGAGCAUCUUGUGAGAAAUGGAAACAUGCCAUUGGUCCAAGGAUUUUUGGGAUUUUGGAGAAAACAAAGAAAGAAUCAGCUUGGUGCAUUCCAAAGCUUGCUGGGGAGAGUUUAUAUGAGGUCAAAAACCAUGAUGGAAGUCAGGUGCUGGUUGAUUUGGCAAGGCAUUGUUGUUCAUGUAAGAGAUGGGAUAUUACUGGGAUCCCAUGCAAGCAUGCUUGUGCUGCAAUUGGCCAAUUAAAUGGGGAUCAUAUUGCUUAUGUUGAUGCUUGUUACAAGAAAGAGGCCUUUAUGAGAGCUUAUAGUCCAAUGGUUCAUCCAAUAACAAGUGAAGACUUGUGGCCUAAGUGUCAUAGGCCUCCUUUGAUGCCACCACUUUAUCACAAACAACCUGGGAGACCAAGAAAGAAGAGGAUGAGGUCGGCAGACAAUGAGGCCAUAAUAGGAGGAGCUGCCCUAAGGCAAAAGAAGGCAGUAGCAGUCAGGUCCCAUGUAAACGAAAGGUUCAGAAAUCUGCCCAAGAUACGACAUCAACCAAAAGGGUUACAAGACAAUCAACAGCCAAGUGAGAAGAAGGUUGGAAACUGGCCAGUGUUCUCAAACUCCACAUGGUUCUAA